AUGGUAAUGCGAAUCCCGUCUUCCAAAGACUCGUCGCCAACCCCCUCGCCACACCGCCUGUCUGGCGCGCAUUGCAGAACAUCUCAUUCUCCGUCUUCCCGCUCUUCAUCUCCCUUUGACAAUGUAAAACGUGCAUCCCAAGACGCGUCUGCUGGCCAAACAGCUUCUCCCACAUCUUCGGUAGAUCCAGCCCAUAUACAAAUGAUGCUUGCGGCGCGUCACUCCGCAACCUCUCCGUCGCCUACCGUCUCUGGGUUCCGUAAACCACCCCAACACUCUCUCCAUCACCAUGUCACACACCACCAUGACGACCAUGACGAUAACGAAAAUUCGCCUCCAACCUUUUUAUCUAAUCCUUUCUCUAAAAAUCCUCAGUCUUCAACAACAAUCCUUCUGCGGUCUAAACCAGAUUUUCUUUCGAAACGCCCCACUUCUUCCUCUUCCUCUUCUUCAUCAUCAUCUUCAACUUCUAUCAAGUCCUUAAGACGCUCAACAGGCUUGCUAAAUCUUGAUGAUGCGACAAAUGCUCCAGCUUUCACUUUGACCUCAUCUUCCUCAUCUUCUUCAUCAUCCGUCAAAAGCCCAAUCAAUAGCUCCCCUUCUGUUUCUUCUAUAUCUUCGCGUUCUUCUGCCACUUCAUUCAAUUCUGAUUACUCUUCAGAAUCUCUUAAAUAUCCCAAACCGCGCAGUCAAAAGCCUCGUGUCCCAGUCCUUCAUAGCGUUCCACAAAAAAGGUCUCUUUCGACGAAUACAAUAGCAGAAAGUCCAAACUCAAGUCCACCGCAUUCUCUUCAUUGGAGUGAAUACAGUAAAGCACUCAAUACAUCUUCCACAAUCUCAAAAACGCCCUUUUUCAAACAACCAUACUUUUCAAAAGAAUCUUUAGCUAGUCCAUUCCAAGGAUUUGCGCAGAACAAUCCCAGUUCAGCAACCCUUACAACUGAACCAAUUCAUGGAUUUCCUUCCACAGUUACAAACAUCACUACUACCAUUCCUCCUACCGGGGCCCCUUAUAAAGUUCGCAAAACAAACCCUCAAUCAUCUGUUCACACUCAACUACAUUCAACCCCCAAAAUCCCCCAUGCUAUUCACCCUCUUGCUUUUUCUCAUUCUUUUACACCCUCUUAUUCUCCAAUCCCAGAAAAGAAGAUAAAAAAUGCUCGACUACAUUCUCCAAAUGCCAAUCUUUCUUCAACAAGUAGUUUUACAAACCUUAGUUCUGUUUUAACGGAUGAGCAAAAACCCACUUUUAGAACAAACCCCUCUUUAGAUAUGGAAAUGGCUCCUUUCCCUUCAAUUCCAACUACUACAACUACUGAAGACUUUAAAUUUGCAAAACCUUUACAGACUGCUUUUUUGAGUACUGGCUUACUUUCAAAACGCAAUCGGAGGAGGUCUGGCAAAUCUGGUAAUGAUGGAGCUGAGCCUCAUGAGGAAGAUAUCCCCCGUUAUGCGCCUCCAGAAACCCCAUGUAAGAAAACUGGAAUUACCCCCAAAUUUGGCCCUCAUUAUAGCCCGUUUAUGGGUGGCAUUUCAAAAAUUAGCACUUCAUUUGGUACCGCUUCUUCUUCUUCUUCUUCUGAACCUCAUAGUCAUUCUUCCCCCUUUAACUUUGACUUUAAUCCUGAUCUUCCCUCAACCCCUACAAAAUGCGAAGCUAAUGCACCUCAAUCGGCACAAAGUACAUCUUUUGGCACAACAGACUUUUCAUGGUCUCGUUCCACAGAAAGUCCAAAUACCAGUUUUGGUAGUAGCAUUUUUCAAACCUCGCCAUUCAACAAAGCUUCUAAACAAGCAUCUACUGCCAGCACAAUCACGCCAAGCACAUACCUUGUUCGCUCAAUAACGCCAACAAGUAAAGAACAUGCUGUAACUCCACAUACCCCAGACCCUGGGCUACAUCGCGACAUAAUUCCUCCCCCAAGAAUCACUAUUGAAGGCGAAGAGCCACCUUGUACUCCUGCAAAAGUAACAACACCACUGCGCAACUGGACUGGACCUGCACUGGAUGCUGACGGCGAUUUAGCAAUGGGAGCUGUUUCUGAGGAAAACCAGGUAUCACCAAUAUUGCCCUCACCGAUGCCUUCAGAUUCCCUAUCUUCAGAAUUAUCGUCGUUUUUGGCUCCACAAUCCCAUCAAUAUAUUCAAAAACAUAUGGUUCCUCACCCCCCCAUGCGUUUACACGUUCUUCGUGAAACUGAAACAGAUCCUGUUUUACGCACACGAUUUUCAAGCGUCUCUUUGAUUGGACGUGGCCAAUUUUCUAAUGUUUAUGUUGUUGCUGACCAAAAGCCUACUUCACAAGAGUUUGAUAACAAUUCAACCCGCUAUGCAAUUAAAAAGACGCGUCAUGCAUAUACAGGUACCAAGGAACGUAAUCGGCGUCUCGAAGAAGUGGAGAUUUUGAAAAAACUCACUAAACUCAGAAAUCAGGAGAUCCCUGAAGAAGAAGAAGAAGAAGAAGAAGGACAUGAAUAUAUUGUGGCGAUGUUGGAUAGUUGGGAAUUUAAUGGACACCUUUAUAUCAUGAUGGAAUACUGUGAAAAUGGUAGUCUUGAUGCUUUCCUUGAUGAAAAUGGAAAUAUUGAGCGGCUAGACGAAUGGCGUGUUUGGAAGAUUCUUGUUGAAAUUGCGCUUGGGCUUCGUUACAUUCAUGCUUCCGGGUUUCUUCACUUGGAUAUCAAACCUGCAAACGUAUUCAUCACAUUUGAGGGCUCUCUCAAGAUUGGUGAUUUUGGCAUGGCCACAAAGUAUCCAGUUCCACAUGGUGUUGAGCGCGAAGGAGACCGAGAAUAUAUUGCACCAGAAAUUUUGAACCGUCAAAUGUAUGGUACCCCCGCAGACAUUUUUUCGCUUGGUAUAAUGAUGGUUGAAAUUGCAGCCAACAUUGUUCUUCCUGAUAAUGGUAUUCAUUGGCAAAAGCUUCGCUCGGGUGACCUCUCCGAUGCAGGCAGGCUUUCUUCUGGGAAUCUUCUUUACACAAGUGACGAUGAUAUGAACGAUGAUGAUGAUGAUGAUGAUGAUGACGACGACGACGAGGAAGGAGAUGUAUUUGCAGCUCAUGAAAAUGGAUUGUUAUCUCCAAAAUACCCUCCGGCAACCAUUCUGCACACAUUGGCUGGUCCAAGUUCUGCAGGAAUUGGCUCGUCUGCUGGAAACAGCAGUGGGAGCAGUUCAGAUAGCGCCACCACUAGCCGGCAUAGUAGCUCAUCUAGCAAUGUGACUAGCCUCACAGGUAUGAACAAUUGUGGCGAUCGGUUACAACCUCUGUCAGCACAGAGAUAUCCCCGUAGCUCUGGUGAAACAGCAGUUACGCCGUCAGCGUCAGCGUCUGUGUCCCGUAAACGGUGCCGGCACCGAGGGGUCAUGGCGAUGAUGUCUUCUACACCUAGUCACGGGCCGGGUCGUGGUUCUUCAUCAGCCUCUCGCAGACCACGCGUGCCUUCAUGGGCGCCGCGGUUUAUGGUUAAUGGUACAGGUGCUCUAGAUCUUAUGGUGAAGUGGCUUUUGAAUCCAGAGCCAGAAAACCGGCCUUCUGCUGCUGCUAUUUUAGAAACUGAAGAGCUUCUAUAUGUUGAGAAACAUCGCAAAGCAGGUGCUGUAAUUUAUGAAGGUGAUUAUGGACCCCAGCCUUUGAGUGAUGGCCUGCAUGGUGAUGAUUUCCUUGGUACAGAUGAUGAUGUGGAUGUAAACUGGCGAUAA